AUGGCCGCACCCGCGCCCAACACGGGUCCGCUCGAUAUUCAUAUUGAAAACUACGUCUCAGGAUCGUCUCGGGCUGAGCUGGAGGCACGGCUGUUGCAGCCCAAUCGAGCACGAAUACGAUCAAUCACAGUAGCUUCUAAAGGACGUAGUGUUGCGGAGGAGCUUGUCAAUGUCAUCGGUGGCUCGCCAUUCCCUCGCUUGAGCACUCUCUCACUAGAGUGUGACUCAGAUAGUCGCAGCGACUCAGAGGACUUAGGUGCUAGCGGCGAUGAAGACGAAGACGUGGAUGAAGACGAGGAAAUGUACUCCGAUCCAGAUGAUCAGCCCGUCGUGGCGGCUCCGCUUUCCAUCGAGGCACCUGCUCUCACAGAGGCUUCUCUACGUAACAUAUACUUCCUAUGGGGGAACACGUCGUUCCCACAGCUCAAGAAUUUGAAGAUCGACAUCACUGGCUCACUACAGUCAGAGCAGCGUCCGUCGCAUACCGACAUUCGCGGCUGGUUAACUGGGAUGCAUUCCUUAGAACACCUUUACCUCGGCGACAUGCUUCCACGUUAUCCUGGCCUUACGCCGGAACCCCCCGCCAGGAUUGAUAUCCCAGCCAGUUGUCGUACAGUCACACUCAGAGUCAGGGAACAUUUCUGGGACUCGAUGUCAUUCAUCCUCUCUCUUGCGUUGCCUCCAACGGCAGUCCUGAAUAUCAUUCUGCCCUGCGACUACGACACCCAGCUCAUAAGCCGUAUCACCAGUCGCGGACCCCGUGCCGUCAGGAUCCAAGGUUACGACUCCAUCGAGGGAGACCGCGGCUGCGGUACUGUGAGCGUUAUGCAGAAUGCCGCAACUUGGUUGGCAUCUCCUGCAGCAGUGCUGUCUUCGGCCAUGAUCCCUUCGACUCGAAUCCGUUUCAGGAUUCAAGCCAUUGGCGAGGACGAGUUCGAGGCGUCUGAGACCCGUGAUGAGGAUGUACGGAGCUUUGCACAAAGCCUGCGCACGAUCAACAUUGGCCAGACGCAAGUUCUGCACCUGCAAGGCUUCACGAGUGAGUUUCGUGAGUCACUGCUUGUCGGCGACGAGGAGUUCGGAACGUACGAACCCCUCCUCCUAAGCGCUCAGAACUUGGAGGUUCUCGUGGUCUCCGGCCCUUUCGCGUAUCGCGCAUCCAUGUUAUACGACGUCUUGGCGGGAACGGGGCCGGUCCUCUGUCCCCGAUUGCACACUCUUGUCGUCACAGAGGAGUUGUGGCCGGAGGAACACGACUCGUUUGAGAGGGAGAUCAGCACGGCAAUAGAGAACUCUCUCAAGGCGCGAAGGAAUGCGGGACAUGCCUUACACACGCUGAUGCUACCUCGAUCGUUGGAGAAUCACGCACUUUGUGUAAGGAUCAGAGAGUCUGAACUGGUCCACCUCGAGUUCUUUGACAUGCUGGGAGGAGACUUGGAGGAAUGGGACUGGCAAACAUGGCCCCCGACUACGUAA